AUGCCACAGAAAAGUGUGUUGGGAACGAGUAGCUUCUUCACUACAAGACUUCUUACAGCAGUAAUCCUAUUCACGACUGGUGCAUUGAUUGGUGGCAAGAUGGCAUAUCAAUUAAAGUUGGAUUUCCCGUAUAAUGAACGUUUGAAGGCUACGUUUUUGGUCAAGAAGGACUUAGUCUAUGGAUCGCUUUCAACGGCAUUGCAUACCGUGGGCGAUAGCUGA